AUGCCUGAUAUCCGACCGGGAAUUCAUUAUAAUAACCGACCAGCUGUAACGAUCCCACGAACAAAACGAACCAGGGCUAAACGAAGCUGCGAUCUUUGCCGAAAGAAGAAAAUUCGUUGUGAUGCCGAUGUCAAAAAACCUUGUACAAGUUGUGCAAGUUCUCAUUUGGAGUGUGAAUUCUUGGUGGAACAGAAGAAACGUGGACCUGCCACAGGUUUUUCUUCCAAAAAGAAUAGUUAUGUAGAAGUCUUAGAAGCUAGAUUGAAACGUAUGGAAGCAUUACUCGCCACUUUUAUGAUCCCCAACGAGAAAGGCAAACACCGCGAUUCUCCCUCUGAAGAUUCUGAAGAAUCGAAUGUUAACUUGUGCUGUUGUCCUAGCUUGGAUCCUGCUAAAGAAUUGACAGUAAAAAUGGACAACCUUGGAAUUGCGGACUAUGAAAGAACACGGUACAUUGGCAUGAGUUCUGGUGUUCACUUGCUCCAUCAAGGUCUUUUCAAUUCCAACAAACCACAUUGUAUCAAGGAAACCCCAUCUUGGUUUGUUCAAAAAGUGAAUGAUGAUGAAGAAGAACAUAUAUUGAUCAAAUCUGAAGCACUCAAAGCCCCUCCUCAAGGUUUUAUGGAUCGUACUGCUGUCUUUACUACUACUAUUCCUUAUAUUAAUCAAGAACGGGUCGAUAUCCUCGUACAAACGUAUUUUUCAACUUAUCAAUUGUUAUGUCCAAUUAUUAACAAGAUGUUCUUUUUAGAACAAUACUAUUAUCAAGAUCCCAGUCCCUGUGAUGAAUAUCUCUUAUGUGCUCUAUGUACUAUUGGCGUAAGAACACUUACUUUAUUGGAUCGAUCGGCAUUACCUCCAUGUAUCCUGGAAUUGACUGAAGAUGAAUUCAUGGAAAUGGGCAAGGCUUUCAAGAAAAGAGCUCUCAGUAUAUUUGAUUUGAUUUACAAGCGCUCUCGUAUCAGUACUGUGCAAACUAUUAUUUUGAUGACCCUAUUUGUGGAAUCACAUGAUACUGAUUUUGAUGAUACAAGUUAUUGGUUCAAAACUGGAAUGGCAAUUAGAAUGGCACAAGAUCUUGGUCUUCAUCGAAGUGCAAGAGGAUGGCAUAUACCUGAACCGGAAAGGGAAUUACGAAGUCGUAUCUGGUAUGUUAUUUAUAUGAUGGAUCGAUGGGUUGCAGCUGAACUUGGAAGACCAGUAACCAUUAUAGAUCAAGACUUCGAUGUAGAACUACCCUCGUUUUACGAAGUAGAAUCAUGUCAUCCAAAAGACCUCUCUGAACGUCCAUUUGUUCCGGAAAUUAUUAUGCAAACAGCAAGAGAUAUUCGAAAGAAGACACCUUUAUAUGAUCAUUUUAAUCACGCUGUUCGUCUGGGUCAAAUAUAUGGUCAAGUACUUAGUGGUCUUCAUUCUCCAAGAUCUAUACGUUUCGGUCGUCGAAGUCAAGCUUUAGUACAUCUUUUGGAUCAACGGUUAAAAAAUUGGAAACUUAGUAUUCCUUCAUCAAUUACAUAUGAUAUAAGCAAUCCAAAACCUAUGGGCUUCUUGUCCUAUAAUUGUAUUUUACUACUCCUCUAUCGACCAUUUAUCAGCAAUCAAGAAUCAGAAGAUAUGGAUUUCGCAUUCAAGGCUCUCAGUAUAUGUACAGUGGCAGCAAACAAUAUUCUUUUCGUGACAGAAAAUAUGGAUAUCUUUACAAUUGCAUGUAUUCCUUGGACCAUCUCUGUAUAUUCGAUUUUCCAAGCAGGUAUUAUAUUUUUACACAACGCAAAAGGAAAUAAUGUAUCAGUGGCGGAACAAGGAGUGAAGAAUCUUUUACGGUGUUCUCGUGUUAUUCGACGUGAUCCUUGCUUAGCGUCCACUCACGUUGCUCAAGUACUCCAAUCGAUUGCUGCUCCAUCAGCAACUGCAUCACAAUCAACCAAGUCGACCCCAUCGCCACCGCCACCAACAUUACCAGCAAGUACUGAACUUUAUAUACCAAGGUCGAAUCCAUCUAAUCAAUUAAAUGACGAACCACAACAACCACAUCAAUCAUCAUUAUCACCAAUGAUUGCACCUUCAACGCAACAGGAACAACACAAUCAAAUGCAGGAUAUGGAUUUGGAUUUACUCUUCUGGAAUCCUGAGUUGGUACCCGCUGAUAGCGACGUUUUUGUGGCUGAUGCUUUAGUGCAACAACAUCAACUGCAACAACAGCAACAACAACAAGAACAACAACGACAACAGCAACAUUAUCAGUACCAACAAGAUUUCCUUCCACUUGAAUCUCAACCUCAUGCUCAAGAUCCACUUCCUCAAUACAUUCCUCAACAGAUGAUUAAUAGAGAAUGUCUCUCCUCUGAAGUACCUUUAUACAAUAUGCCGAAUAGUGUAGUUUGGGAAGAUUGGGAUACUUUUUUAAAAUCAAAUGUUAGUUAA